CUUUAAAACAGCAGACAGAAAGUUUCAGAGGUUGAUUUCAUGUUCCAGGGUUUUUUUUUUUGCCGGUUUCACCUACAGGACAAAGAUGUUGAAAGUUGUCUUUCUGUUUUCUGGCGCUCUUUUAGGCUUUGCAGUCAGUCAAAAACUCCUUGGGGGCCUAGAGAAGAUAGAGGAUGCAGGUAACGAUGAGGGGUUCCAGAGAGCGCUGCAGUUUGCCGUUGUCCAACACAACAACAGGACCAAUGACACACACAUCCGCCAGGUCACUAAGGUGGUGUCAGCUGAGUCUCAGGUUGUGGCUGGGACAAGGUACAUCAUGACUGUGAUUCUGGCAAGGACCGGCUGUGAAAAGGGGCAACCAGCAGGAAACUGUACCGUCCACAAUGAGCCACAGCAGGCUCAGCCCUACCAGUGCACAUUCAGCGUGUGGAGUCGUCCGUGGCUCAGCGAUACCCGGCUGACCGAUGAGAAGUGCACAAGUGACCAACCUGCUUCAGAGUGAAAAACAUUUUACGGUUGAAGAUCUUCAAAGUGUUGCUAUGUUUGAAUCUUCUCAAGGUCCUGACAUCUUUUAAAAUUUAGUGUUUUCAGAAACCUCCACAAUAUAAAAGCUUUGUUAGCUGCAAAUAAAAAAAAAACUUGCUAAAAGAAAGGUUUUUUUAGCAUACGAAAAUCCAUACGGUUUUCAAAUAAAGUAACAUUUAAGCUUCUCUGAA